CAUCGUGCGCCACGCGGGACCACGUGUCAUCGGCGAGAUCACGGAAGUAAACAAACAGUGACUCUCCGCGGACAGAACACAACUCUGAACCGCUAAUCCGCGGUGUUUGUGGCCGGUGUGAAGAUGGACAGCGUCGGCGAGGGCUGCACGGAGCUCAAGCGCGAGUAUGACCAGUGUUUUAUUCGCUGGUUCUCCGAGGAAUUCCUGAAGGGAGACCGGAGCGCGGAUCCGUGCAGCGAGUUAUUCCGCAAAUACCACACAUGUGUUCAGAAAGCCAUCCAGGAGAAGGACAUCCCUGUAGAAGGUGUGAAGUUCAUGGGCCCGAACAGAGAGAAAGCGGACAGCUGAAGGCUUGGUUGUGUUGGAUAUGGACCAGGAAAGAUGUGUUGGCAUCAUCAGGACGCUCGGACUGCAGCGAUGACCCUUUGAUGGACAGACACUUACUGAUGAGACUGAAACUGUACAUCCAGUGCUUAGCCUGAUAGUGAAUGGUCAUUAGAAAGGGGCAUGCUUGAGCUGUCAGAUUUCUAAACAUGCAGGAGAAGGCAUUGUGCAGCGAAAAGGGUUCAGGUGUCGGCGUUUUCUCUGGAAGCUUGUUACGUAAUUAUUAAAGGUAACUGAUACAUUUGGUUUCAUUGGUUUUUGCCCUCCUCACAAUUGCAAAUCGGACCGGAGUUUAGUUUAGUUUUAAUUUUCACAAUUUUUUUCUAAGUAGUUUUUUUUUUCCACUGCAGAAUAUAAAUGGGUAAUUUUGAGCUUCUAUCUUAAACAGUUUUCUUUUUGCUUGCAAUGUUUUUUUUCUUGUAAAAGAGUUUAUCAUACUUUGACUUUUUCUUAUAAUUGUGAAAAAGGUAACAAUUACUCUUACCAUUCUUAAUUUUUUUGUUAUGAAUUCUGAGUCUACAUUAUUUUAUUUUUUUGCAUUUUUAAAUUUAUAUAUAUUUUUUUUUUCAAAAAUAUCAUGUUCUUAGAAUUCUGACUUGUCAAUGUCAAGUGUAUCUGAGUCCAUUUUUCCCUUCAGAGUUAUAAACUUCUGAGUUUACAUCUUUCAAUCUUUCUGUGAAUUCAGAUUUCGGAUCUCACAAUAAAUACUUUUUUUUCACACUUUA